AUGGCGCAAUCGCCACCAGCAAAACUCACCCACGCAGCAGCAAAAAUGGACUACAACGCAUCCCUACGCCUGCAAUUGACACUGCAGCUCUCGCGAUGGCACGAUCAAUUCCGCAAGAAAUCCUAAUCGACGUUCGCACGCCCGCCGAAUUCGCGACCGGCGCUCUUUCAAGCGACCUCUACGAUGCUAUGAACAUCGAGUACCAGCUCAUCGAGCAACUACCACAAGUUUACGCCGCGCUCGGCAUACAUGUGCGGAAAUCAUAUGCGAUAACGUUAUACUGUCGCUCGGGACGACGAUCGAAUAUCGCGCUGCAGACGCUGCGGGGAUUGGGGUAUACCAACGUUCGGGAUAUUGGUGGCUUUGAGGAAGCCCGGGCUAUACUGAAGAGAGAAGAACUGGGGAGGAAAUCUGGAGCAGACGUAAAGGCGGCGAUGCUACGGGAGAGGAAAGAGGAGGAGAAGAACGAAGCGAGGGUGAACUCAUUCGGAAGCUUGUUCCAUGGACUCAAGAGACUGGAGGUGGAGAGGAUGCAGGCAUAAAGAGGGAAUGGAAGAGAAGUGGGUAUUUCAACAAUCGUGGGCAUAUCAUGAUAUUCAAUAUAUACAGUCAAAAGCCGGAUUUUUGCACCCAAACG